AUGUGCCAGUAUGGGAAGCACUGCUGGCGAUGUAUGGAGGAUGGCCCUUACUUGCAAGUUCUAGAUGGGCUAGAGAUUAUAAGCUAUAGAAAUAAUGUUAAGACUAAGGUACUGUCAGUUGAUGGAGAGAUACUGGAAACACUGUGGGCCCCUCUCAAUAACAUCACCAGCAGUACCAGGGGUAUGACAGCAGCUCACAGAAGAGAAAUACUUGAUGAUCACAUGGGAGAUUCCAAUCAGAAGAAAAUCAUCAGAAUGGGAGCAGAUCCUCUUGAUAUUGCUACAUGUACCUCGUAUGAAAGUAAAGUGCAGAAUGUCAGAGCAGACAAUGUCAAGACCCUGGACCUUUAUGAUGUGAUAGAAAAGAAGCCCAUCACCAGAGUAGAAAUCCAACUCCAACUCACAGAGAAAGAGAACAAGGGAAAUUCUGCCAAAGGAGUUGCAUAUUGGCUUUUGGCCUGUCUUGAAAUUCAAGAAGCACAGUGGCUAAUCAAUCUUAGGUUACAACUGCAAUUAUGUGUCAAAAAACUAGGAAAGUUCCUUUCUGUCACAGAUAAAUUAGAUGUGGAAGAAAGAAGACAACAACUCUCCUUGAGAGUGGAGGCCUUUCAAAAAGGAGUUGAGAAACACAUGGGAUCAUUGAAUGGUGACACUCAUGUGUCUCAAUUACUAAUUUUGGAGGAUGACAAUCCCUCGCUUGGGGAUGAGUUUGAAGACAUCGAUCUUAAUACAUUUUCCACUAAACCUUCAAGCAAGGAAAAUAGUUUGGUGGAGCUCACCACAUUGACUCCUCCUUCUGAUCUGAGAUGA